AUGACAAUACCGCUCAGAAAUCCACAAUCCACAGGGCCAUCGAGAAGUUUCAAGAUCACUUUGCUGAAGGUCUGGACAUGGACGACAUGGUCACCGGAUUCAGCAUAUUGGAAAAUGAGGCUAAGGCAAACACCUUCUUGGCUAUUCGAGAUCACACUUACUGCCAGGCCUGGUUGA